AUGGUCUGGUUCCGAAAAAGAGGGUAUUCCCAAGAAGAAGCCAGGGAAUUGGCCUUAAAACCAAUCCCAGAAGAAAGAAAUAAAAAAUUGAACAAACAAAAGGAGGGAAAGAAACCGAAAAGACCUCACUCUGAUGGAUCCACUCCGGAGGCCCAUCAGAGGAAGAAAACAAAGAACGAAGGAAAUCAAGGGGAACACAAGGAGCAAUCUGGACAACCCCAGAAACCUUCCUACAAACAAGCGGUAGCUGGUAUAAGGGUAGGGGUUUUGCACUCCAACUUUCCCGAGACCCUACUCACAACCGAACAGAUGGAGAAGAUCCAGAGCUUCAUCCUGGAAGCUAUCGUGGAAGAACAGGAGGGUCCCUACUCUCCAAGAUUCUACGGUAUCAACAGGAGACAAGGGGUUCUAAUCUUCACCUGCGAAAACACUGAAACAGCAGAAUGGCUUAAAGGAAAGCAAGACUCCCUAAAGCCUUGGGAAGAGGCCAGUCUAAGGAUAGUACCAGAGGAAGAAAUCCCUCGUGCAAGAAUUGCGACUGUCUAUCUUCCUGAUAGUAUACUCGAUACAACCGAAAAGAUAAUGAAGCUCUUAAAAGGACAAAACAAAGAGCUAUCUGUCGGAGAAUGGAAUGUUCUGCAGAGAAGCGACGAGGGGAAGUCUGUCCUACUCACCCUGGCAGUCAACUGCGCUACAGCGAACAAACUUGAGAAGGAAGGUCCAUGGAUCGGCUACAAGUUUGGGAAAGUUCAGCUUAGACUGAAGAAGAAACAUCAAGGAAACAUAGAACAACCCACAAGGGAAGAGGGGACUACAGAGAAAUCUGAGACGGUCACCACAGAAAAAAGGACCGCUGAAGAGAUGGAAGGCUACAAAGGAAGAUAUUUCAAGUUCUGGUAUUUGUUUCUCGGCCACCAGCAAGGCUGUGUCAUCAGCAUACAUCAUGACUUGGCAGAACUCUUGUAG